AUGUUGGUCAAUCUAAUUAAGUUAUUGUUCUUUGUGAACUUAAUUGCUUUUUCCAAAUUCACUGUCAACUGUCAACUUGAUUCCAUUGAGGAAUCUGUUCCAACCACUACAAGUGAACCUAAUCUAUUGGACUUAUCACCGGGCACAUCAACUUCAACUACCACAGUUAAACCAUCGACAGUCAGACAAGGUAGAACUCCAUCAACACCCUCAUCCCCAUCAUCGCUAAUACCUUCAUUUAAAUCCUCAACGACGACUACACCUCAAUCGGACGACAUUGUGACAUCUACCUCAAAACCAAAUGUUACUUCAACUGAAUCUAGUGAAAUUGAUCCAGAAAAUCGUAAAGGAGAAGCAGAAAUCGAUAUUGAAAAUGAUAAAGAAUCAGAAAUAACAUUACCAAUCACAAAAGAAUUUAUUCUUAAAAGUGAAGAUAAAUUAUUAGAAGAUCCAAGUGAUCAAACUACUACAAUACAACCAGAGAAAAUAAUUGCAAAAGUAUCAACAUCAGAGGAGCUUGAAAAAAGUAACAAUGAUAAUUCAUCUAGUUCAUCUACCGAAUCGUCCACUUCGACUACGACUUCAACCACCUCCACAACUACAACUACAACAACAACAACUACAUCAACUAGUAAACCAGAGAUAUCACCACCUGAUUUCCUGAAUGACGAAGAACUCGUUCCAAAAGAUAGUCCUGAUAGUCGUGAAAGUCGAGCUAAUUCAGCUCUUCGAAAUGGCCAUGAAGGAAAGAAGGACGAAACAGAAGAUAAAAAAGAAGAGGAAGACGAAGAAAAUAAAAGUGAAAUGAAAGAAUCAUUGAAUAAGCCCGAGGGCUCAUCGUCAACCGGAUCAACCGAAUCGUUGUCUUCAUCUGAUUUAUCCUUUGAUUCGUUUGAUGAUCUUGAUUUAGGUAAUCUUACAUUACCAAGUUUCGAAGAAAAUUCUGUUGUCGAUCUUCUCCGUGGCAAUGAUUCUGCCAAUGAAACACCAUCGUCUCAGGAUAAAAGUUUUUCUGUUGAAGGUUCGUCAGGCUCUGGUUUAUUGGUUCGAUUGUUUCAAGGACCAGAUCGAUCUAAAUUGCCUGUUGAUUCAAGAUCUGAAGAUAUCUAUCGCUAUCUUUCCGGAAUAGUUGAUAAUGAGACCUCGGUAAUUGGUAAAUCAAUCUUACCUCAUGUAAUCCAGUUAGGCUACAAAGUUCAUAUCGACGGGAAAUGUUCAAAAGCAAUUCUCGCGAUAUCAAAUGGAGUUAAAGCUAAACGUUCAUGGGCCUUCCAAUUUUUAGAUUCGUAUGGUCAACGAGGAGAUGGCUUUUUGGCUGGAACUUUGAGCUCUCUUGGUAAUUUUGACCAAUGCUUACAAGUUCGAGCAAGUGAUGAUGCCAUUGCGGAAGAAGACGAAUUCACUGGUAAAUACUGUUUAGCUCAUGUCAAACCACCACUUCCCGAACCACCGAAAGAUCAACGGGCUCAUUUCAAAUCAUCUUUAUUCAAUUAUGCUGGAACUGAACUUGAAAAUACUUAUCUCGAGGAAUGGGGUUCAUUUGCUCAAGAAUUAUAUUCAAACUCUUAUACCGUAGGGAUGUGUAUCCCUUCAGUUUGCCAAUCUAAAGAUAUCGCCAAAAUACUCAAUGAAUUGGCAACUCCAUUUAAUUUCACGGUUUCCUUCAAUUCUCGCUGCACACCAGAAACAAAUUAUUGGGAAGCCCAAUCCCCACCAGAAUAUGCCAUAUUCAUCUUGUGCCUCCUUGGACUCAUGGUGGCUUUUGGAACAUCAUAUGAUUUGUAUAUUAGGAAGAAGGAAGAAAAUUGCCUUGGACGAUUAUUUGCCGCUUUCUCCAGUAUUUCUAAUACAAAGGCACUUUUAGGCCAUAACAAGACACCAAACGAAGCAAAGAAAGAGAAAUUAGCUAAAGAGAGACAAAUAAUGGCUGGUCAAUCACUCUCGUGGAUUCAUGGACUCCAGUUUCUCUCUGUUUGUUGGAUUAUAAUCGCAAAUGUGUAUCAACUUGGUGGCUUACCAAUCACAUACUUGCUGAAAAAUUUGCACAUGGACUUUCGAUCACAAGGAGGAUCAAUCAUGUUCCAAUUCAUUUUAAAUUCAUGGGACUACAUGGCUGAACUUUUCUUCCUUUUGAGUGGAUUCGUCUUUUGUCUUGGUCUAUUGGGAGCUCGAGAACGUAAACGUUGUCCAACCUUUGGCCGCUUCUUUAUUCGUACUUGGCUAUCUUAUGUUCCUUCAAUUAUUGGUAUCAUCUUGAUUACACUAAUCGUCUUCCAAUGGUCAUGGCAAAAUGGUCCUUCCUUUAGUAGAGCGGAAAGAUUAAUUGUUGAACCAUGUAAUCAAAAUGGAAUCGCCAAUAUAUUUUUAUUCAAUAAUUGGUUACCUAUUAAUCAAAUGUGUUUACCACAAACAUGGUUCUUAUCUGCUCUGUUUCAACUUCAGAUCAUUGGUUUCAUGGUUAUCAUGUUAAUCCACCGACGACCUGCUCUCGGAAUCGCCUUAUCCCUCCUACUCAUUUUACUUGGAAUCGUUUUACCUGGUUUAUUUACUUAUCAAUAUAAUUUACCACCAACAAUGCUUCUUAAUAAUCCAAACAUGCAGCAGCUACGAGAUGACCUUUCAAUUCAAUAUUUUGCAACUUAUAACCACCUCUCCUCUUACUUCGUGGGCCUCCUGUUGGCUUAUCUAAUUUACAAGAAACCAGCAAAACCAAUACUAAACAAGGGUCUUCGACUUGCUAUUUGGAUUGUUCUUGGUGCCAUAAGUUUAUCUUCAAUAUUGAUUACCUGUAAAUGGAAUGGAUUUAAAGAGAUUCCUAAUCUAACUUCAUCCAUCAUCUACUCAGCAUUACACCGAAUUGCUUUUAUUUCAUUCUUUGUUUGGCUUAUCCAUCAAUUUACAUUUAAACAAGGAGGUAUGAUUGGAUCAUUUUUGUCUUGGAAAGCAUUUAAAACACUUAAUGGUCUCAGCCUUCAAGUAUAUUUGAUACAUUUAAUUAUUAUCUGGAACUUUUUCCUCACAAAACGUGAUUUAGUUGAUUAUCGUAACUUUGAAUUGACCAUUACAUCAUUUGGCAUAAUAUUGGUCAGUCUAUUUUGUGGUUAUCUGACCUACCUGUUGAUCGAGGCUCCGUUUUAUCAAAUAACCACGGGUUUUGUUAAAUGCCUAUUUGGUUGUGAUCUUAAAUCACGUCUUCGUGAAUAUGAAAAUGAAACUGAUGGUAAUUCAAGUGAUCCAAUGAGCGAGGAAAAGAAAACAGCUCCAGAAGAAUCCAUUUGUACCGUUGAUGGAGCGACUUUAGGAAACAGUGAGGUUCGAAUUGAAAUAUCAUUACCCAAGGAUGAAAAUUCUGCUGAAAAACAAGCCCAACAAUUAACCACAGAAUCAAAAAAUGAUCAACAGUCAGAUCAAGAACAAGUUCCUCUCCAAGAUCAGCCUCAGCCUCAACCACAACAUCAACAGCAACCAAACGGAAUCAACAACAAUGGAGUCGUUAUUAGACUCUGAAGCAAUAAAAUGACAGCGAAAAUUUGUCCACAAUAAUGUAAAAAAUCAUCAUCUUGGCAAUUUAAUCAUGUCCAUCCAAUUAUCAAAAUCUAAGUGUGAAAUUGAUUAUUCAGGGAAACUCUGAUUCCUGAUGCAAUCUGAUUCUUUUAAAAAGGUUACAAUACUCACAAUACUCACGUUGAUAAUGUUGAAAUUUAAUCAACUUUUGAAUGGACACAGAGGACAAACAAUUAAUUAAUGGCCCAGAUCAUCAAUUCCUCACCCAUUUAUCUCAAUUCUAGUUUGAUAUGAACAAUUUUUCACUACAAUUUAUUUCCACUAUUUUCUCAUCAUUUUUUAUACAUAGAUUUUAUCUCAAUUUUGUAUUUCAACGAUCAACCAAACAAAUUGAAAAAUCACAAUUCAUCAAGACAUUAAUCACAUCGGGAAUGUGAUUAUGAAGUAUUUUAUUGUUUCAAUCAAUUAAUUUUCAUUAACUCACAGGACAAAUAAAAUCCAACGUGAUUUAGUAAACACUAUUAAGCGACAA